GUGGAGGCUACAAGGUCUUCACACCCGUCUUUGUGGAGUCCAACGCGCCCUUGUACACACAGCACAUACAAUCCGUUGAAGCAGCAGAAGUACUGCUGACGGAUAUGGGCCAAUUAGAGAGCAACUUUGUCUUGACGAGGAAUAUAGCGCAUGACUCCAAUCGGGUGCGUUGGUGUGAUGCUACACAGGUGGUGUAG